AAUGUCAAUCUUUUUAAUUCCAUUUAGAAAGUCCACAACCACCUAAAAUCUGAAAUUAGUUAGGUACUGUACCGUCAAAUACCUAGCGUGAAAAUGUUGAUCUCGAUUAAAGCGCUGAAAUGUUACCAAUAAUUACAGUAAAGUUUAUUUAUAAAGGGUAAAACUAGAAGUCGAUAUCUAAAAAAGAAAACUGAAUACAUUAUUUUAAUACCUAAUAAAAAGGUUAGGUUUAAAGGUGCAUUCAAAAAUAAACGCCACUUGACGACCCUGUUGUUCAAAUUUUGAUAAGGAUAUCGAACUCAGAGUUGAUUUAAGCUCUAUCGAUGACUGACCAUCGAUCUGAUCCGUUGAGUGAAAUCCCUAUUGAUAACUCCACUUUAUCGAUAACCAUUUUCGAUAUAUUGAUCAAAAAUCAUUGAAGUCAUUUUUGAAUUUAAAAAAAAAAUAAUAGCGUAAAAACCAUUAUAUCUAUUCUCAAAUGGAAUUAAAAUUUAUAAGAAUGUAUUUCUCAUUACACUUUUCUAAUUUAAAAAAAUUAAUUAAGUCAGCUGGUCUUCCUAUAUAGGUUAAAAAUCAUAUCAUAAACACAACAGUAAGAUAACCUAGAAAUUUCCAUGCGUCAAGCAUCAAUCUUUAUUUGUUUUUAAUUUCUACUUGGCGAAAAGUACAGUAAUCCAAAAUAUCAAACAAUUUAAGGUUUUGUCUGUCAACUUUAUCUGCUACUGUUUUGAAGUCAUUUUGAUUAGAAAAUGGUCGAAACAAAGGAGGAUGAUUUCUCAUUUAUUCCAACUCGCUGUUCUAAGAUUAAAAAUACAGCUGUUCCUUAUAAGGAAGUUAUCUAUAAAAGUCAUUCAAAGAAAGUUUCAUCUGCUAAAUCGAGUCAAAAAGAAACUGCACUGCACCAUGAAAAUGUGCAGAAAGAUAAUGAUGGAAAAAAGGUUGAGGAUGUUGACAUGAAAAAGAUGAGGUAUGAAGUGAUAAAAUUUGCCAGGUCUAAUGUGCGGCAUGCGACAAAACAGAAAACCGACAGACAGUUGGCUUUAGAACUGGGAGCUCGGCCAAUGACAAAGCGGAAAGCAAUCGCCUAUCCAGAGCUGUUGGCCAAAAAACAGAAGGCCAAAGAAAGGAAACAGCGCAAAGAGGAAAUUAAGAAACUCACCCAGAGAAACAACGGCAAAUCAUUAUUCAAGAAGAAUAAGAAACCAAUCAAGAAGGAUAACAGCAAAGAUAAGGAUAGCCUACUGGAUAUUUAUGGGACUGUUAAACGGGCUGGAAAAAAGAACAGAAAAUCUUGAUUACAUCGUGGGCUGAAUGCUAACAUAAUUUUGUUCUAUAACUAUGUGAAUGCAGUAUACAACUUUACCAAAGCU